AUGCUCCUUUGCCGCAUCGCAGUCUUCCUCGGACUGCUACCGCUGAUCCAAUGCCACCCCAUCAAUUGGCUGCACAAGCUCUCAUCCCAGACCGAACGAAGCGGGCUGUGGAGGUGGAUAUGGGACGCCGAUCACACAGUAUCGGUCCUGGAGCGGUCACCCCCGAUCGUCUUUUUCGCCAAACCCGCCCUGUUCGGUGCAGAGCUCGAGCAGCCGCUGCAGGGAUACGUGAUCCCACUUUCCUCUUUCACUGGCAUCUGCCCGGACGACAACUCUACUAUCUCGCUACCACGAGAUUACGACGAUGAAGAUCCUCUACCCCUGAACGAUGGCUGUCCGCGCCGAUGCGCCAGUGGUCCCAACGUGCCGGAUCCGGCGGACACAUGGAUCGCACUCGUGCAACGGGGAGAGUGCGAUUUUGUGAGCAAGGCUCGCGAGGCGCAACGGUUAGGGGCCAAGGCGGUCGUGGUCGGAGGCGACGAUCCACGCCAGAGCGGCAACCGCGAUGUCCCCAUCACCAUGCUCGCCAAAGAAGAUGCUUCUGACGUAACGAUCGCCGCUACCUUCAUUCGGUUCUCGGAUUACUCCCAACUCUUCUCGUUCAUUCGACAUUCCAACACGACGCACAAUGGCUUGCGGACGGUCUCUCUGUCUAUCAGCGCAGAGUCUCUCGAAUCAGCUUGGUAUUCCCCGGCCUUGACCUUCGUCACCAUUCUUAUGCUUCCCUCCCUCAUGACCGUGAUCACACUCAUCAUUCACCGUAUACGUGCGGCACGUCAGGCCCAGCUGGACCGUGCGCCCGAGGACAUCGUGCGCAACCUCCCGUGGCAGGUCUGGACCGGCUCAGGCUGGGAAAAGCACGCUGGCCCCGUCCCUAAGCUCGACGAAAGUGGCGUCGCGGACGUGACGGACGCGAACGACGAACUUGAGCGGGCUGUGGAGGCUUACAACGAGCAACCGGCGUCCGCGUCGCAUGGUGCCGGCAUGCUUCCCCAGGAGCAGGCGCAACUACCAUGGUUCGAGCAGCAGCACGAGUGUGCGAUAUGCCUCUGCGAGUUCGUGAAGGGCGACCGGGUGCGGGUGCUCCCUUGUCAUCACAUCUUUCACCUGGACGAGGUGGACGACUGGUUGAUUAACCGGAAAAAGCUUUGUCCGGUAUGCAAAGCCGACGUCACCCAGCCCGCCGGGUCACAACAAGCAGUCGCCCACGAUGAUCACGAGGAUAGCUCUGCACAGCGAGAAAGCCAGACGCCGCCGGCUCCUACGGAGCGUACGCCGCUCCUGGCGAGUCACCGGUCGCCGUCCGGCGGGGACAUAACGGAACCUGCGACUGCGACCGGUCCCCGUUCAUGA